AUGCGAAAUGUGGUGAGCCUCGCCGUGGAGGCAUUUGGGUCCGGUGCAUGGCACGCUGUGGCGCCGGAUACCGAGUCGCGAGACAAUGUAUAUGCCGCGCGUGUUGUGCACGGUGACACUCCAUCCCUUGUCCAGCUCACGUUUGCACGGCUUUCCACGGCCACACAAGAAGAAGUAGCAUCGCUGGCGGUUGUCUCCGCGGCCACACGCGAUGAAUUGCUUGAUUUCACGCUUAUAUCCGAAGGCGGUGAGGCUGCCGAGCAUGGUCCUGCACUAUGCACAGUCACUGCCGGCGGUGACAUUAUUCUCUUGCCGCUGGAAACGAUGCGCGCAGACAUUGUGGGCUCCGUCGAGCAAGGACUCCUCGCAGCUGCAUGGAGUCCGGACGAAGAUGUCCUAGUCCUCAUCACAGCGCCGGAUGCACAAGGAGAGACGCGCAUUUUGCUCAUGAGCCGCGAGCUGCAAGUCCUGCACGAAACCGUGCUGCUCACAGACGAGUUUGGCGACGACCAGCCCGUGCACCUCGGCUGGGGCUCCAAGACGACCCAAUUCCACGGCUCCGAAGGCAAGCAGGCCGCCAUGGCCGCGGCCACCGCGAACAUUGGCCGCGGCCCACCCGUCGCGGAAGACGACGGGCUCGCGCGUAUUUCCUGGCGCAGCGACGGCGCCUUUUUUGUCGUCUCCUCGCUCGACCGCGAAAUGCGCCGCGUUUUGCGUAUAUAUACACGCACUGGCGCACUCAGCGCAACCUCGGAUCCGAGCGUGCGCGGCAUCUCGCACGUGCUUGCGUGCCGGCCCGUGGGCAAUGCGAUUGCCACUACCCAGCGCAUGGGCGUCGCACCCAGCGGCGAAGAGUGGCAGCCGGGCCGCAAUGGACGGCACGAUGUGGUAUUUUUCGAGCGCAACGGGCUGCGGCACGGCGAGUUUUCGCUGCGCGAAGAGAGCGGCGCGGCGCCGCAGGGCGUGAGUGCCGCGCCGAUUGCACCCUGGACGUAUGCCCACGCCGUCAAAGCGCUCGUGUGGAAUGCCGACGGCGCAGUAUUGGCCGUGCAUUUGGUGCGCGGCGACGUGCAUGUCGUCCAGCUAUGGACGACGGGAAACUACCACUGGUACCUAAAGCAAGAGUAUACGUUUUCAUCUGUGGCCCAAGUCGUGUGGCACCGCGAGGAGCCUUUGUGGCUUUACAUUGUGCACGCGUCUGCCAUUACACGCCGCAUUCUGGCGCAGGAAACGCUUGUGUCCCAGGGCGCGGCUUGUGUCGCGGUGCAGGAUGGGAAUGCUGUGCUGCUGACGCCGUUCCAGCUGCAGAAUGUGCCGCCGCCCAUGUGUGCGGUGUCUUUUGUAGACGACCCAGCGAUGGGUGUGCCGCUGCACAUGGGGUGGAACGCCCAAGCAACGCACGAUACACUUGCCGUUUUGUACCCCCGCGGACAUGUCUACCUCUGGCGUUUGGCGUACGGCGCGAUGCUUGUCACAGAGCGCAUCGCACACAUACGUGUAGACGAGGCGGCGUACCAAGUCGCCAUCGCCGGCGAUGCACUGGCCGUCCUCUCUGCCGCAGCGCUCCAUCUAGUCAAUGACGGCGCUCAAGUGUGCAUUCCCAUCCAAGCCGGACUGCACCGCCUCGUUCCUGUGCAUGGCAUGCGCGGUGCAUUUGCUUUGCACGACGCCGACGGCCAAGUGACGCUCUACGCCCAAGGAGCGCAGCCCGUAUCCCUCACCGCACUGGGGCGCUUCUGCGCCUCACUCUAUCUCUUUACACUCGCAGACAAGACAGUGAGUAUUGGGCUUGCGCGCGAUGGACAUCUUAUCGCCGCGACGGACGAGACGCGUAUCCUUGCCAAAGAUGCCAGCUCGUUUGCCGUGACAAACUGCUUGAUGGUCUGGACCACACACACGCACGAGGCGCGCUUCCAGCCCCUUGAGGCGCUCGCACACGAUGCCCAUACACUCGAGCUUGGACGCCGCAUCGAGCGAGGGAGUCGUAUCGUGGCUGCUGUCCCGAGCAACAUGGCACUUGUUUUGCAAAUGCCGCGCGGGAAUCUGGAGACCAUUUGUCCCCGGCCCAUGGUGCUUGACGUGGUGCGUGCCCGUCUGGAUAGCGGCGCAUACGGCGAGGCAUUGCGGAUCAGCAGGGCACACCGUGUAGAUCUGAAUAUCCUGCACGACCAUGCGCCGGAUGCAUUCCUCGCACAUGUCGACGAGCUGAUUGCACAAGUGAGCAAUGUCGACCACAUUAACCUUUUGCUCUCGAGUAUGCGCAACGACGACGUGACCGAGAGGCUGUACCGCCCGCUUGUCGCGCGUGAAGCGACCGGGUUUGCUUCGGAAAAGGUCAAUCGCAUUUGCGAUGCGUUCAUUGCCGCUUUGCCGCGCGCGGGCGAGCGGCGCUAUCUGUCCUCGCUGCUCACGGCGUACGUACGCAAAGACCCGCCGGACUACGAAGGCGGUCUGCGCGUCCUGGUCCAGUACAUGACCACCGACCUUGCAUUGGCCGAGGAGGCGUGCAAGUACAUUAUUUUCCUCGUCAAUGCCGAGCAAUUGUUCCGUGUUGCGCUGGGCAUGUACGACUUUGCGCUCGCUUUGCUGGUCGCGCAGCACUCGCAAAAAGAUCCACGCGAGUAUGUACCGUUUUUGCGCGAACUGCGUGCGAAGACGCCGCAGGCGUACCAACGAUUCGCCAUCGACGACCACCUCGGCCGCCAUGCCAAGGCAUUGUAUGCGUUGGCCGGUGCAGGACCGAGCUUUGCAGAGGAGGCAAUGGCGUACAUGGUGCGCCAUAAACUUUACCGCGAAGGGCUCGUUGCGUGGGCACAGGACGCACCGAAUCUGCGCAGGGCGUACGCGCUGUUUGGCGCCUACCUUGCAUCGCACCAGCGCGCCGCCGAAGCUGCGCCGGCGUUCCAGCUUGCGCACCAGCCGCUCGACGCGAUGGAAGCGUUCAAAGAGGCAGGCAUGUGGCAAGAGGCGCUCACGAUUGCCACCACCGAACAUGUGCCAGCACCAGCCGUGCAUGCGCUCGCCCAUGCGCUGGUCGAGCAGCUUGAAGCGCGCGAGAGCUACAAGGAUGCAGGGCGCAUUGCGCUCGAGUAUCUGCACGACACCGAGCAGUGCGUUGCGCUGCUUUGCCGCGCACAUGCACUGGUCGAAGCGCACCGCACAUGUGCAGCCCAGCACCGCAUGGACCUGCUCGAGACGCAUGUCCAGCCCGCUGCGAUGGAUGCACAGGCGGCGGCCAUGGAUGAGGCGGGCGAUAUGGAUGCGCAGCUCGGUAAGCAAGUCGCGCGCCUUGUCGAGCUCGAGGCGAAGAAGAAGAGCAACCCCUCUAGUUUCUACAUGGAUGAAACACUGCCGGGCCUGGAGAACAUCGACGUGAUGAGCGACACCAUGUCACAGCUUACACAGUUUACGCGGUACACCACGGCACCGAGCGUACAGACCCAGUCGACAUUGUCGCUGGCCACCAAGCAAACGGGCCGCUCGCGCGCAAAGCAGAAACGCGAGGAGAAAAAGAAGAAUGCGGGGCGCAAAGGGAGUAUCUACGAAGAAGGCUACCUUUACGAUUCUGUGCGUAAGCUGCUCACUUCACGCCUUGGCACAUUGCAGCUCGACAUUGCGCGGCUCUUGCCCGUCAUGACCGUGUUUGGCGGAGCGUACCGCACUGCUGCGAAGGCGUUGCAAGACCGCGUGCUCGCACUCGAAUCGAACUGUGCGGCUGCGUCAGACACACUCUUUGCGCAAUCUACGGCGCAAGACGCACAGCGCAUCGAGCAGGAGCAGGCGCUAGUAGCUGCCGUCGCGCAUUUGGCCCACCAGCCGAGCGAAGAAGGCGCAGCAACGCAAGCACUUACCGCGCUGUUCCAAUGGCGCGCUUCGGCGCGUGCACCGCUCCGCGAAAAAAUAGAGAUUGCGCGGGAGAAGUGGAAAGUGUAUUUGCUAGAGGAUCCGCACACAUAG